AUUGGAACUUUUACAGGUUAUUCAGCGUUGUGGAUGGCCGAAUGUCUACAAGGACGAGGAUCAGGUGCCAAAGUAGUCACGUUGGAAAACAACGAAAAGUUUUUUAAGGUGGCAAAAGAGAACAUUGAGUCUUCUGGACUUGGACACCUGAUUGAGAUGAAGUUUGGCGAUGCAAGAGAGAC